CUCUAUUCUAUUUCUAUAUAUAUCCCCCUCUCGCCCUCCUCCCUUGCCCACCAAACCAUCUCACCUCUAGGCUCUAGCUCUUCUCCUACUGCAAUUGCCUUUCUCUCUUCUCAUAUCUCAUCAGACUCCGAGUCUCUCUUCCUUCCCCGGCCCACCCAUUUAUUCAAUUAUUUACCCUUCUCCAUAGUGUUCCAACUUGGAAAUUCAAACCAUGCCAGAAGCUCCCAAAGUUCCUAUAGCCGCGUCGGCAACCCAUGACUACGUGAUCGACCAUAACAGGCCUGAUGUGAACCAGAACGCACUUGAGUUCAUUGAAGAUGUCACCACCAACGCCGAUGAAAUUCAGAAACGGGUCCUUGCUGAGAUUCUCUCUCGCAGUGCCCAUGUUGAAUACUUACAGCGACAUGGGCUUAAUGGGCGUACAGAUCGUGAGACCUUCAAGAAGGUCAUGCCCGUUGUUACUUAUGAGGAUCUGCAGUCCGAUAUCAACCGCAUCGCUAAUGGAGAUACUUCACCAAUCCUCUGUGGACUCCCCAUCUCUGAGUUCUUGACUAGUUCGGGAACAUCUGCUGGAGAGAGGAAACUGAUGCCCACAAUUGAAGAAGAGCUCGAGAGGCGAUCUUUGCUGUACAGCCUUCUGAUGCCUGUCAUGGACCAGUUUGUUCCUGGUUUGGACAAAGGCAAGGGAAUGUACUUCUUGUUCAUAAAAUCUGAGGCCAAGACGCCGGGAGGACUAGUAGCUCGGCCGGUCCUCACGAGCUACUACAAGAGUUUACACUUUAAGCAUAGACCUUAUGAUCCAUACACCAACUACACCAGUCCAAAUGAGACCAUUCUCUGUCCAGAUUCAUACCAGAGCAUGUACUCCCAGUUGCUUUGUGGCCUCUGUCAAAAUAAGCAAGUUCUACGAGUAGGAGCCGUCUUUGCUUCCGGCUUCAUUCGAGCUAUCCGAUUCCUUGAGAAACAUUGGUCCCUUCUCUGCAACGACAUCCGAACUGGAGCUAUAAACCCCCAGAUCACAGACCCAUCGGUGAGAGACGCCGUCCUUAGAAUUCUCAAACCCGACCCCGAGCUUGCAGACUUCAUUGAGUCCGAAUGUACUAGGGAGGCAUGGCAGGGGAUCAUAACUAGGUUAUGGCCCAACACCAAAUAUAUUGAUGUCAUAGUGACUGGGACCAUGUCUCAGUAUAUUCCUACCCUGGAUUACUACAGCAAUGGCCUCCCCCUCGUGUGCACCAUGUACGCAUCUUCAGAGUGCUACUUUGGCCUAAACCUCAAUCCUCUCUGCAAACCAAACGAAGUCUCCUACACCCUCAUUCCAACAAUGGCCUACUUCGAGUUCUUGCCAGUGCACAGGAACAAUGGCUUCACCACUUCCAUCUCAGUACCCAAAUCUCUGAACGAGAAGGAGCAGCAAGACUUGGUCGAUCUGGUUGACGUCAAGCUCGGGCAAGAGUAUGAGCUUGUUGUAACCACUUAUGCAGGACUCUAUCGCUACAGAGUUGGGGACGUGCUUCGAGUUGCCGGGUUCAAGAACAAGGCUCCUCAAUUCAACUUCGUUUGCCGCAAGAACGUGGUUCUAAGCAUAGACUCUGAUAAGACGGACGAGGUUGAGCUGCAAGCUGCAGUGAAGGAUGCUAUCAACCAUUUAGUGCCGUUCGACGCAUCGCUCAUCGAGUACACAAGCUAUGCGGAUACAACGACCAUCCCCGGCCAUUACGUCCUAUACUGGGAGCUUCGUCACGAUAGCACAACCCCAAUUCCUCCUUCGGUUUUCGAGGAUUGUUGCCUUACAAUUGAAGAAUCCCUCAACAGUGUGUAUCGCCAAGGUCGUGUCUCGGACAAGUCUAUUGGACCUCUAGAGAUUAAGAUCGUAGAGACCGGGACCUUCGACAAGCUCAUGGACUACGCUAUCAGCAGAGGUGCUUCAAUAAACCAGUACAAGACACCACGGUGUGUAAAGUUUGCUCCCAUUGUUGAGCUUCUGAACUCAAGGGUUCUUUCGAAUUACUUCAGCCCAAAAUGCCCGAAGUGGGUCCCAGGCCAUAAGCAAUGGUGCACGCAGAAGCAGAACUGAUGUCCUCAACUAUUACUUUGGUAGUGAUAGUGAUGAAAGAGCAUGAACGGAGCUGUUUCCAUGAUCUAAGAAAAAGAAGUCUCCCUUAGAAAGUAGAACCCCCCCCCCCCCCGCGCCCUUUCCCUUAGAUUAACUGAUCCUUUUUUCUUUCUUCUUUUCUUUUUCUUUUGACUGUUUUUAAUUUAGCAGUGUACAAAACAGUUCCAGUUCUAAGGAAGCCUUUUUUCCUUCUUUUUAAAAUUU